CACCUGUCAGCCAUGAACGCCUCGUGCUGCCCACUGACUGCCCAGCCCACGCUGCCUCAUGGCUCAGAGCACCCCCCGGCCCCCGCCCAGGGCAACUACAGCAACGACGGGCUCUGCAAGCAGGUCUUCAUCCAGCCCGAGGUCUUCCUGGUGCUGGGCAUCGUCAGCCUGCUGGAGAACGUCCUGGUCAUCCUGGCCGUGGUCCGCAACAGCAACCUGCACUCGCCCAUGUACCUGCUCCUGUGCAGCCUGGCCGCGGCCGACAUGCUGGUGAGCCUGUCCAACGCGCUGGAGACCAUCAUGAUCGCCGUGGUCAACAGCGACGCCCUGGCCUUUGAGGACCGGUUCCUGCAGCACAUGGACAACGUCUUCGACUCCGUGAUCUGCAUCUCCCUGGUGGCCUCCAUCUGCAACCUCCUGGCCAUCGCCGUGGACAGGUACGUCACCAUCUUCUACGCCCUCCGCUACCACAGCAUCGUGACGGUGGGGAAGGUGCGCGCCCUGAUCGUGGCCAUCUGGGCGGGCUGUGGCGUCUGCGGCGUGCUCUUCAUCGUCUACUCCGAGAGCAAGACGGUCAUCGUGUGCCUCGUCACGCUGUUCUUCGCCAUGCUGCUGCUCAUGGCCACCCUCUACCUGCACAUGCUCCUGUCCGCCCGGCUGCAUGUGCAGCGCAUUGCCGCCCCGCCGCCACGCUCCUGCCUCAAGGGCGCCGUCACUGUCACCAUCCUGCUGGGCGUCUUUGUGGUCUGCUGGGCACCCUUCUUUGUCCACCUGGUGCUCAUCAUCACCUGCCCCACCGACCCCUACUGCGUCUGCUACACCGCCCACUUCGACACCUACCUGGUGCUGGUCAUGUGCAACUCUGUCCUCGACCCCCUCAUCUACGCCUUCCGCAGCCCGGAGCUCAGGAACACCUUCAGGGAGAUUCUGUGCGGCUGCCGGGGGCUGUGA